AUGACCUUUAGUUUGAUCUUAAUAAUCUGCAAUCUUUGCAUAAUCUUCUGUGGUCCUUUGUCGGAGACUUUAAUGCAAUUAUUGGUGCUCAUGAGCACCGUGGUAGAAUUAACCCUGCUCGUAGGCCUAUGGCUGAUUUUAAAAGCUGGUCUGACGCUCACAAUCUCAUCCAUAUUCCUACUUAUGGUGCCAGAUUCACUUGGUCCAAUAAGAGAGAUCAUCCCUUUUUUUAUUGAAAGAAGGCUUGACAUGUGCACUGGUAAUCAACUUUGGUUUGAUGCUUGUAAUCAAAUUUCAGUUUCUACAAUCUUUAAAGUGAGGAUAUGA